CUCCUGAGCACUCGGCUGCGCUGAGCACAGCUCUGCUUGCCAAGGCAUGAUCCACCCACCCUACACCAUCACAGCCUCUUCCAGCAACCCAGUCAUGACCCAAAACAACCAGAGCUGCUCCCAUCAGGACCUCCCCUUCAAGAGCAUCCUCUAUGCCACCACCUACACCCUCAUCUUCAUCCCGGGGCUCCUGGCCAACAGCGCUGCCCUGUGGGUCCUGUGCCGGUUCCUCAGCAGGAAGAGCAAAGCCGUCAUCUUCAUGAUCAACCUGGCUGUGGCUGACCUGGCCCACGUCCUCUCACUUCCUCUGCGCAUCUACUACUACAUCAACCACAUCUGGCCGUUUGGGGAUGUCCUGUGCUUGCUCUGCUUCUACCUGAAGUACCUCAACAUGUACGCCAGCAUCUGCUUCCUCACCUGCAUCAGCAUCCAGCGCUACUUCUUCCUGUACCACCCCUUCCAAGCCAAGAGCUGGAAGCGCCGCUAUGACGUGGCCAUCAGCGCCCUGGUCUGGCUCGUGGUGGGGGCUCUCUGUGUGCCCUUCCCCAUCAUGAGGAGCCACGGGCUGGGUGCCAACACCACCAGCUGCUUUGCUGACCUGCAGGUGAAGCCAAUUGACAGCAAGGUGGGAACGGUGCUGAUGACCGGUGCUGCUGAGCUCCUGGGCUUUGUGGGCCCGCUCAUCAUCAUCUUAUUCUGCACAUGGAAAACAAGAGACUCCAUCCGGGGCUUCCAUGUCCCAGAGGAAAACAGCGGGGAAAGGAGGAAGGCCCUCAGGAUGGUUUCCAUGUGUGCCGUUGUGUUCUGUGUGUGUUUUGCUCCCUACCACAUCAACUUCUUCUUCUACAUGUUGGUGAAGGAGAAUGUUAUCACUGACUGCCUCUUGAGCACCAUCACGCUCUACACCCAGCCCUUCUGCCUGAGCCUCGCCAGCUUCGACUGCUGCUUGGAUCCCAUCAUCUAUUUCUUCAUGACUUCUGAGUUCCAGGAGCAGAUUUCCAGGCACAGCAGCAUGGCCAUCCGGAGCCGGCUCAUGAGCAAAGAGAGCGCCUCGUCAAUGAGGGAGUGACAAGAAAGCCACUUGGAAGAAGCUAAGGUAUUUCAUGUGAAAUCUGAUACUGGUCUGGGAUACUCCAUUACCAGCUCUUUUGUGAAAGGUCCUGCAGGUUUGU